GACUUUCAAUCUCUGGCGACUUGGGUUUGUUGACUUACCGGAACGUUGAAAGCUCACAACAUGGCUGUCGAGGAUCUAUCCUCGCGGUUAAACAUACCGGAAAUUCAAGAGGAAUCACAAUCUGCUCGGAUUGAGCGCCUUGGACGUGAACGUCCCCCGGCGUUCCCCUCCCUAUGGACUGAAGUAUUUUGCUUGUUUGGCAUCAUAAUGUCGCAGUUCCUGACCGAGUUCUUCGUCUCCGGCUUCACGGUCAUCUUGCCACCACUGGCCCAGGAGCUGCAGAUCCCCCAGGCUUCGCAGGUAUGGCCCGCGACUGCCUUUUCGCUUGUUAUUUCGAGCACUUUGCUCAUAUUUGGGCGUCUGGGCGACAUCUGGGGAGGAUACCCUGUCUUCUUCGCAGGCCUCGCGUGGCUUUCUAUAUGGAGUCUAAUCGCAGGAUUCAGUUCUGGCUCUGUCAUGUUAAACAUCUGUCGAGCAUUCCAGGGUCUGGGGGCUGCCGCCUUUCUCCCAACUGGAGUCAUGCUCUUAGGCUCACUCUACCGGCCUGGGCCUCGCAAGAACCUCGUCUUUGCAAUCUAUGGCACCGCGGGCGUUCUCGGCUUCUUUGGUGGCAUCGCCAUUGCAGGGCUCGUGGGUCAAUUCCUAUACUGGAGUUGGUACUUCUGGAUCGGCGCGAUACUUGCAGCGAUAACGCUCAGUACGGCAAUAUUUGCGAUGCCAUACUCGAGUUUGGCGAAUGACUCCCGAAAGAAAGUGAAAAUGGACUAUCUGGGUGCCAUUUGCAUCGUUUGCGGGCUCGUUCUUACGAUUUUCGCAAUCACCCAAUCCGCCCAUGCCGACUCGGGAUGGAAAACGCCAUAUGUCCUGGCAACCUUCCUCCUAGGCAUCAUGUUCCUUGUCGGGACGUGGUAUGUCGAACGGAAUGUUGUCUCGGAUCCACUGUUGCCUGCAUCGCUCUUCUCAGUAAAAUCAAUGACACCUUUACUCAUUGCCCUCCUACUACUCUACGGUACCUGGGGUAUCUUCUCCGUUAAUGGGUCACUCUACUUCCAAACGGUCUUGUCCGCCUCGCCACUCCAGGUCGUUGUGUGGUACAUACCCAUUGGCGUGGUUGGACUUGUCGUCAGCAUCAUUGAAGGGUACAUCUUACACCUCGUCCCCGGCCAUCUUCUCAUGAUCAUCUCGGGCUCAGCCGCCGUUGUUUCCCAACUUCUCCUCGCUCUCAUUCCGCCUGGUGGAGGUAGCUACUGGGCAUUCAUCUUCCCGUCGGCCAUUCUCAGCACGAUUGGCAUCGACCUGUCUACUAUCCUGAUGGCCGUUUUCAUUACCACAGUCGUCCCGUCUUCGCAGCAGGGGCUGGCAGGGGGUGUCUUGAAUUCCGUGCUGCAGCUCGGCGUCGCCUUGGUCCUCGGGCUAACGGACAUUAUCCAGUCUUCCGUGGUCAAGGACAGGGGUCUGGAAGAAAGCUACAAAGUGACGUUCUGGUUCGGAGUCGGUGUUGCUGGUGCCAGUUUGAUAAUCCUGGUGAUCUGGGGCAGGGUGCCUAAAGCUGUCAGCGAGAUGACAGCGGAUGAAAUACAGGAACAGGCUUCUUCGGAUUAACUGUUACGAGAGG